AUGGCAGAAUCGCUGUUGCAAUUCAGAGCAACGCCUUUGGAAUUCGGCUUGACUCUGUUGCAGAUCGAUUUACUUUGCCUCUUUGCUUUCCUUUGCCGUCUUUCGGAGGUUCACGGUCCAGGGCUAUCGCAAGAUAUCUCUACAAACUCGGUCGUCAACCAGCUUGGGAGGCCGACUUCACAUCUCAUCAUCAUCAUCAUUUACCUCAGCAUCGAUUUAUCAGUAACAAUGGUCAACUUUUCCCUUAACGUCACCGUCUUGGCUCUGGUGGCCUCAGUGGCAGCUGCCCCAGCCACAGCUGACGCUUCUUCAACCACCUUCUCCUUCGCUCGAUGGGUUGAAGAUAUUAUCGCCAAUCCGGACACAGCCCUCUCGCCCGCCGAAGCAAUCGCGGCAGCGAAUGCUACUGAGGUUGUCAGCACGGCAGGCGGUCUCCAAAAGAGAGCCAACUGUCAGCCGACAUUUCCAGAUGCGCCCGCACCCGACGCAGCAGCCUGCCUUAAUGAUCUCGCUCGCAAGGGCGCUAAUGGUCAACACUGUGCUAUGGGGACGCGUGUCUUCGAAAUUGAGAUGUGUCGAAUUGGUGGUGCGCAGAUUGUUGCCAGCAGAGGCGGUUUGGCGGCGCAAAGUGUCAAUUGCCAGGAUGUCGCUCGCACGGGCGGGUUGAUCUUUGACAGCUGCUUCCGAGCGGACAACACAGUCAAGGGCAGCGAGAUUUGCAUUACCAACAGGUUGAUGCAGAUCAAUAUCAGUGGAUUCUGAGGCUCUAGGGGAAUAUCGUAAAGUCUGGGAUGGAGAUGGUUCACAGUUGUCCAGGUGUAGGGUAUAAGGUAAGUAGCAUUGUUCGAAAAAUAAGAAAUCUUUCGCGCACACAAGAAAAGAAAAGGGAACGGAUUGCAGUGCCCCCAAAGCCUUCUCACAUUGUAAAAGAUUACCGGUAUUUUCCUCCAUUAAACUUGCAAAGUUUCUCAGAAACCCAUACUUUCCAU